AUGUCAAUAACUCUUCAAAGGUUGUUGCUGGAAUCGGAAGCGUUUCCAAAUGCUUCCCGGUCUGUUUCCACGGGUGUUAGACCCGUUAUCUCUUCCUUGACUGCUUCUCUAAGGUUCGAUGGUGCAUUGAACGUGGAUAAAAUCUCCAAAGAGAAAGCCUUCCACGAGCAACUCUAUGUUGCUGAGAUCACCAACAAUGAGGAACUUAAUAAGUUGCCCUGUUUCAUCAAGAUCAUUGACAAGUCAUGGGUUCAGAAUGAUGCUAAGGUUGCUAUUAGGAGAUGCAGUGGCGGGGUCGGAGAUGCAGCGGCAUUGAGACAGGUCCCAGACGGAGUGAGAAGCAGAACUCUAUGCAAAGGAGCUUGUGAAGAUUUUAAUGGAGAAGUUAUUGGGUGUGUAUGUUUUGUCUCUGAGAUUUGA